GCAAUAACCGGUAAGCAAACCUCACCCUCUCACAUCUCUCCUAUAAAAGAAACCCUAGUUUAAUAUCCCAUAUUUCUCUUCAUCUCUGAUCACAGAACUCCAGAAUUUUCUCGAACGGUAUAAUUCUCAAUUUCCAAUCUUUGCGAACCAAACAAGCUCUCAUAUUCGUCAGCAAUGGGGGCCUCACAGAGUCGAGAAGGAUUAAGCCUGUCAGAUUCAUCAGACUACGAAGACGACAGCGAAGACCAAUACGACGACGCAGAGGAACAAGAACAACAACCACUACCACAAAAGCCACAGAGCUCUUCAGGAACCAAAACCCUAGACGAGCUCGACUCCAAGCUCAAAGCUCUAAAACUCAAGUACCCUUCUCAGAGCCCUAAUUUCAAGAAUGCGGUCAAGCUUUACCUUCACAUAGGUGGCAACACUCCCAAAGCCAAAUGGGUCGUUUCUGAGAAACUCACAUCUCAUAAGUUCAUAAAGAGUUCCAGAAUCGACGGUGUGGAUGACGACGAUGAUGACGAUUUGGAGGACGAAUCGUGUUUCUGGGUUUUGAAGGUGGGGUCGAAAAUUCGAGCCAGGGUUUCGACGGAUUUGCAAUUGAAGAUGUUUGGGGAUCAGCGACGGGUAGAUUUUGUGUCGGGUGGGGUGUGGGCGCUGAAGUUCUUCGCUGACGAUGAGUAUCGGAGUUUUGUGACGAAGUUUCAGGAUUGUUUAUUUGAAAAUGUGUAUGGAUUGAAAGCAACGGAAGAGAGCAAGGUUAAGGUUUAUGGGAAGGAUUUUCUUGGGUGGGCGAAGCCAGAGGCCGCCGACGAUACGAUGUGGGAGGACGUAGAUGCCGGCGAGUGGAAGAGUCCUACGAAGACCCCGGUGAGGGGGAAUCAGGAUUUGUUGGAGGAGUUUGAAGAGGCUUCAACCGGGGGUGGAAUACAGAGCUUGGCAUUAGGGGCUUUGGAUAACAGUUUCUUGGUGAACCAAUCGGGUGUGCAGGUUGUGAAGAAUUUUAGCCAUGGAAUACAUGGAAAAGGUGUGUAUGUUAAGUUUGAUAGUGGUGGUUCUAAGGGUAGUUCAAGCUUGGGACAUUCGACGCCAAAGAAGGCCCUUUUGAUGAGAGGUGAAACUAAUAUGCUCCUUAUGAGUCCACUGAAGGAUGGGAAGCCCCAUUCAACAGGGCUUCAUCAAUUGGAUAUUGAGACAGGGAAGAUUGUUACUCAAUGGAAGUUUGAGAAAGAUGGAACUGAUGUUACAAUGAGAGAUAUCACAAACGAUACAAAGGGAUCACAGUUAGAUCAUUCGGAGUCUACAUUUUUGGGGCUGGAUGAUAAUAGGUUGUGCCAGUGGGAUAUGCGUGAAAGGAAAGGGAUGGUUCAGAAUAUUGCAGAUGCAAAUUCGCCAGUUCUGAAUUGGACACAAGGUCAUCAAUUCUCAAGAGGUACAAAUUUCCAGUGCUUUGCAACGACGGGUGAUGGUUCAAUUGUUGUUGGGUCUCUUGAUGGAAAGAUACGUUUAUACUCAAAGACUUCUAUGAGGCAGGCAAAGACUGCAUUUCCGGGUCUUGGUUCACCUAUUACUCAUGUCGAUGUUACAUAUGAUGGGAAGUGGAUACUGGGGACAACUGAUACAUAUUUGAUCCUUAUCUGUACCCUGUUCACUGACAAAGAUGGGAGGACGAAGACUGGAUUUAGUGGUCGAAUGGGGAACAAAAUCCCAGCUCCACGAUUGUUGAAGCUGACUCCUGUGGAUUCACAUAUGGCUGGGGCAGACAAUAGGUUGCACAAUGGCCAAUUCUCAUGGGUCACUGAGAGUGGGAAACAAGAGCGGCACCUAGUUGCAACAGUGGGCAAGUUCAGCGUCAUAUGGAACUUUCAGCAGGUGAAGAACAGUGGUCACAACUGCUACCAGAAUCAACAAGGUCUUAAGAGCUGCUAUUGUUAUAAGAUUGUUUUGAAGGAUGAAUCCAUUGUUGAGAGUCGGUUCAUGCACGACAAGUAUGCUGUUAGCGACUCUCCAGAAGCUCCGUUGGUUGUGGCGACCCCUAUGAAAGUUACUUCUUUCAGCAUGUCAGGCAAGCGGUGACUUGUGUGUAUGCAGGAUAGCUCCUACUUUGAACGUGGGCUCCUCAAGCACCUGUAUUUAGACUGUUUGUUUUAUUUUACGUUAUAGAUGUUAAUUGUUUGUUUAAUUUUACGGUAUAGAUGUUGAUUGUUUGAUUUGUUUUAGGUUUAUAGUGGAUGUUGUGUUCCCUUGUAUCUCCCAACCCCCUUUCAUGGUCCUAUGAUGGCAUUGAGGUAGGUUUAAAAUAAUGUGGUUUUCAGACGUUUCCUUGUGUGAACUUGUAUCAUGUGGUUGACAUCUUGGAAUUUGUGAAUAGAUUUAACAUGAUCGGGAGGGACGGUUGCAUCA